AAAUUAGUUUGCAAAAAUUAGAACAAUUAAUAGUGUACAAUGCACGUUUGCGUUGCCGUGCCGUUAUGAAUUUGCGACCGCGAUGCCGCGAAUGGUUGCCCCUGGCGACGCAACAGCUCCGGCUACGCAAUCUACAAUAUAUACAAGGACUGAAUAUCCAGUCCUCCAACUGCAGUCCGAGCUCAAGCGGAAAUUGUGAUGCCGAUGGCGACGAUGAAAGAGAGAUGCUCAUCUACUACACGCUGCACACAGAUAAGGCUAGUGAGGCGUUCUACACCAGCGAAGCACUGCCGCAACGCCACCAACAGCAAAAGUGGGCGGAGAUCUGUGCGGGUGAUGAGUGGCGGAAAUCGAACGCGCAAUGUGUUUGUGUGAAGGUGUGGGCUCGCUAUCAGACCUCAAAGCGAUGGCCUCGCACGUCAAGUGAGACUGAGGGGGAAAUGGUAAAGAGAAGGGCAGGAGUUGCGACAGCGGAACCACAAUGUGCCUUGUCGCAGCGUCUGGACAAAGUUUGUCUGACGCCACAUACGUUGCCACGCCCACCGGAGCUGCUCUUUUGCUGGGGCGUCUACUUAUCCGGUCUAAUACCUCUGGCGCCGCUAACGCUGUCCAAGUGUCACCCUAACUGUUUAAUAUUCCAGCUGAAUGGCGAGCUUUUUACCUCGCCAGAAAUGAUCAGCGCUCAGGGAUUGCAGGAGCAGUUGCGUUGGCACUAUCAAAGCAAGACUGCCAGCAAUUUGUUAAGCAACAAAGCCAGUUCAGCUUGCGUCUCUGGCGAUAACAGCAUCAACUCGCCCCAGGUCAGUCGAAGUUCGAGUCCGGUAUUGGGUCAAUCCGAGCGAGAACUAAUGCGUAUGACCACCACACGUUACAUGCAGCUGAGUUGCAAUGCCCAAGAUGUGCGUCGAAGCUACAAUCUGGAGCAAUUGCUGAAGCUGCAACGUCUUCAGCGCUCACAACGACAGAAGCUGCGUGACUCCGGUGAGAUAAGCACCGAAAUCUCACGUCUAAGUGUCCACUGUAUCACCCGCAAUGAGCUGCGCUACAAGCCGCGCACCACUUCGCUGUCAGGCUCACCAUAUGCCAAUAAUCUAUACCAUUCCAUGGGUCGAAAGCUGAGUGUGCUACUUUCCGAGCAUCUGGAGAUUGCACCUCAGACACUCUACAGUGCGCAGCAUCUAACGCAGCAGAUUGAGACGCUGCGCUGCAAGCACCGAUUGCUUCAAACAGAACACGAGACAUUUCGGCAACGUAACGAACAGAAACAGCAACACCUCCAGGAGCUGCGGGAGGUUCGUGCCACACUGCAACAGCGGUUGGAAGCGCAGCGUCUAGAGCUGGAGCAGCAACGUGUGGAGCUAAGCACGCGAUUGCAGCAACAACGAUUACAACGCGAUGAAAAGCGUGAAAUCAACCGACAGAUGGAACGACGAAUAUCCACAUUGGUCCUGGAGCUGCAGGAGAUCUACAACAUACAGCGCCUGGGUGCGGAACAGCUGAGUAUUUGUGGCAUAGCAUUUCCACACAUGGAACAAUAUGCGAGCGACACCCGACAUAUCUCCAACGCCCAGAUGCUCGAGAAUGUAUCACCGCUGGCGGUUAGUGCAGCACUCGGUUAUGUCGCCCAUUUGGUGCAGAUGUUGGCCAUCAUUAUGGACAGGCCGCUUCGCAAUCCUAUUGUAUACGAACCAUCCCGAACUCGCAUUGUCGAUGAAAUUAAGGAACUGACCUAUACUUCAAGAGAAUUUCCACUCUACACACGCUCUAUUCUGCCCUCUCAACAAACGAAGAAGGCCAUCUAUUUGCUGAAACAAAAUGUGGCCCAAAUUUGCUUCGAUAUCACUGGGCGUUGUGAUAUUCGCAAUACAUUGGCUAAUCUACUAGAGCUCUUCCGAACAAUGCGGGAAAUUGAGCGGAGUCAGCGAAUAGACACAGCAGCGCCGGCGGACCAGUUGGAUAGUCCGUCGAUGAAAGGGUCGCUGAAUUCUCUGCCGCAUGUCAAUGGCCUGUCGACUGCCCCGCCUAACCAACAGCUGUCGGAAUCGAAUUCAUCUGUCGAUAUGAAUCAUGCGGCCAUAUCGACAACGGCGAAAGAGGCCCUCCUCCAGUUGUUGCCUGUGGGAGUGAGUCAAACGCUUUCCAUUGAUGGUUAUGCGUCAACGCAACGCAUAUGUCGCUCUGUGGGCUCCUAUUCGGAUAAUGAAGAUGAUGAUUACCGACCCAUAUUGGAACAGAAUUAUUCCAAUUCGGACUCUAACAUUGCGUUGCAGACCGAGCGCAGUUAAAAUUAUGAAAUUGUAAAUUUGAUUUAGUUAUGUAGUCAUUUCUGUCUGUUGUCCCACUAUAUUUAUACACUUUAAUGGCUGCGCGAAUUGUAUCGCAAUAUUAAUAUUAUAUGCUCCUCAAAACUUA